AUGCAAGAAAAUCUUGAACUGCAUCUUAACUUUGAUCAGCAAUACCGCAAAGAUACAAAUUUAAGAGUCAUUAGAAAGAUAUUUCAGGAAGUUGGAUACAUACAAGACUAUCUUAAUGUUUAUCCAGAAGUUUGCAUUUAUAAAAAGUCUGAAGAUGGACGCUGGGUAAAACUUCAAAUCGGUGGACCAUUGUUCCUUUGUGUGGUUCAAAAUCAAACCGAUUUAACUCUUUUCUUACUAAAUAAUACUCAAACAAAUGAAGAGUCCUCUUUUUACAAGAAAUUAAAUCCACAAACUAGAUAUGCUAUACAAGGUAAUCAGUUGUACAUAAAAACUGAUCAAGAAUCUGAUAUGGUUUAUAGUUUUCAUGAUGAAAGGGACGUACAAGAUUUAAUUUCGAAGCUUAGAGAUCACUACUCUCAAAUUGUUACAAACGAUGAAAAUGAGUUAAGAGUUUUACAAGAUCCAACUUUACAAAGAUUAGCUAAACGCGUCCAGCAAUAA